AUGCUACGGAGACAAAGAAGAACGCAGAGGAACAUCACAAUGAUGAUCAGCCCAUGGGCACGGGAGAGGGAGGAAAUAACGCUGGAGCAGGGGACGGAACGAGAGAAGCUGAGAAUAACCCCGAAAGAACAGGAGCCCGAGAAGCCCGACGAGGAGAUGACGGGCGGAGGAGAUCCGGGAAAGGGAAGCGGCGGCGAUGCCGGCUCCGGAGGACAGGGCUCCGGCGGGGACAAGGGCGGCGGCUCGGAUGACAAGGACCAGCAAAACGACGAUGAAGAGAUGGAUAAUAAGGAUGAUCAGCCGGAGGAGAACGAAGAAUCUGAUGAUGACAUCUUAGUUAGGGCUGAGGCGGGGGAUGCGCCCAGAAGCUUGUUGUUCGGAGGGAACCCGGGCGGGAUUGCGGACGAUGAUGAGGCCAAGUAUGAUACUGGUGAGAUCGACGAGAAGAGGAAGAGCGUAAUAGAGGAUGUUUACCAGAGCCGUGAUAGCUUCCCGCUAGGGUGGAUGAAGAAGAACUAUAGCGAAUGGGAGGCUGACGAGGACAAAACGGUAUACAAGGUGACAGAGAAGCUGAUAUCACCAGAGAUAAUAGCGCAGGGGCUCGGGCUCGACAACUUCUCGGCGCCAGUCGAGUGGAUGAAGAACCUGCGGUGGGGCUUCCACUGCGGCACCUGCUUCGCAUGGUGGAUGGGAUAUGCGGUGGCCACGAAUACAGGAGAAGAGUUUCCGAGGGAAGGCGCAAGAUGCCCACGCUGUAGGAAGCUUCAGGAAGUGAACUUGCAAGGAAUAUUGCAAAAGGGGCCACCCCCUGCGAUGAUGAGAGCGGUUGUGACCCUUUGCUCGCCGCUACACCCUAUGGACCCGCGUCUCAUAUUGGCGAGGUUGACGGAUAGGCUAGCCGCGGAGGGAGUACCGUGGGAUGAGAUUGACAUGUUUGAGCCACAUCAAAUAUUGGUUGCAGCAGGGAUGAUUGUUGCAAACUCUUCGGAGGCAAAGCUUGACGUGAUGGACAUAAUAAUGAAGAUGGCCAAAGAGUUGGUGAACGGCGGAAUGAUGAAGACAGUGGAUGGAGAACCAUAUCCACUCAUACCCGUUUAG